AUGGCCCCUAUCAACCCGUCCGCCGCCUCUUUUGCAAAGAACCUGAAAGGCACUCAAAUGGAGGCCGCCUUACGCGCUCGAUCCGAGUCACGUCCCACACCCGGGAUCAUCCCCGGCUUCCUUGAGCGUUCGCUUCUCUUCGUCUUGUUCACGUUGUGCAGUGCGGCGUAUGCUGUCUUCGACACAUGCGCUGGCACUCGUGACUCAAGCCCGAGCGUGGAGAAUCACUCUUACGACGAAGAGACGAUGCCUCGGGCCGGUAUCCUCCACCCCAGUGCACAGCACCAGCCGCGCCGCAAGGAAGUGCGCGCUGAACGGACCUUCCUUGGAGGGUCGGCUGCUCAGCCGCUUUAA